CUUUUGAUCACGUGACGAUCACUAAUGUAAACUAACAUGGUGGAUUAAUAAGAAAAGUCGUCGCGAAAAUGUUUUAAUAAUUGCCAUAGAUUGACCUUAGAUACAGAAAAAAUGGCAUAACAACGUGGUUAUUGAACUCAGACACUGAAGAUGGCAGAUAUGGAGCCUGGCCAACCAAUGGAGUUUCCACUAACAAAGCCUUUGCCGCCUAUUGGUUCCAAGUCUGCAAAUGCAGAGAAGUCACAGAACUCAGAAACAGACCACUCUCAGUCUAUAGCCGAUGAUGACAACAAAUCAACAAAAAGAGUUGUCCCCCUUGUAGUUUCCAAGCAGCGGUUAGCCUCAACCGACAAGUCUGCUGAAGGGAGCAGCAAGCCUCGAGUCAUCCGGGGAUUUCGACCAGAAGCUCUCUCUGAUGAGGAAAUGGAGAAACAAAAAGAAGCGAGAGCUGUAUCAUUCAGUGAUAAUCACUCCGUUCCGUUCAAGAAGAAGACAUAUGAUGGACGGGAGAUCUUGUUUGUCACCUUGGAUACCCAGACUGACUGGGAGUGGGUGGAGAAGAAUGAGAUCAUGGACGCAAUGCAGAUUGGACCCGAUAAAACAUCGUCUCCAGAUGUAAAAGAAAUGGCCUCCCCUAAACCUGGUAGCAGAGCAGAUGGUCAUGAGGAGAAAUCCAGCCCUUCGCCGGCGUCCAUUUACAUGCCAUACAGCGAUGAAUAUGGUAUACCCAUACUGGACCUUAGUAGCGACACUGAUGAUCAUGUUCAAUCUGCCACUGCCAAAUCACGGCCACCAAAGAAAUCAUCUCAGUCAGGUCAAUCAGGGAAACUCUCUGUAAUCAUUGAAGAUUAUCUGGAGGUUCGGAGACUCUCAGCUGUAUUUGAAGAAGAAUCGCUGUUGAAUGAUACUUCGUCCGAGUACCAGCGAGAGUCAGAGAAGCAGGAAAUCCCAGUUCAAGACCCUGACUCACGGAUCCUUGACUAUGACUUUGAUAAAGACGAUUCCGGGGUUCCGUAUGGCAUGUUCUCGGGCAACUGCGAGUUCUGCAGCAAACCAAUCAAGCCUUUCCCCACAAUGGAACAACAGCUUACCAUGCCCCCGGAGACGCUGUACUGCUGUAACGACUAUCGAGAGUUUGUGGAGUUUGUGUUGACCACAAGCAAGGAGCUGGAGGAGCAGCAGAUGAAGCAGACGCAGAUGAUUGACAUCAAACCUCACGAGCAUGUGGGCUCCAAACAGGAGAGGAACGCUGCUAAGGAGAAGGCUGUACAGAGAAUGCGAGAGAGAGAACUACAGCGAAGAGCUCAAGAGGCGAGUGGCAUGCAGAAUAACUUCUUUGCAUCUCCUUCCAAGAUGGUAUUUAUGAAAAUCCCUGGAGGCCUGGGCAAUGUGACCAUGAAAGACUUGUUUGAUGUCCAACUAGACCCUUUUGAGAUCCAUCUAGAUUGUCUAGACAUGUGUCCAUUACGGGCAAAGUCAAGGGAGUUAGAACAGCGGGGCCAGGGAGGGGACAGGGAGGGGAAAGAGGGGCCGGGCAAGGGGUAUGAGGGAGACAUGAAAAUCAAGGCCACACAAGUCCUCAUAGAUAAGGGUCACUGCUUUGAGUGUAAGAUGUUUCAGACAGCCCAGAUUGCUAGCAUUUAUCAGCAAGCGAAGAGGAACUCAAGCAUGGUUGCCCGCCAGAUGAAGACCAUCAACUACCAGCUGUCUUCACAAAAGUGUCUUGAUGAAGGCUGGACCGUCCGCGCUCCCUCGCCUUUCUUCGAUGAUCUUGGCGACGACGUAUUCACGCCUGAGCCAUUGAAUCCUGCAAUGCUUGCGGAUGGCAAGAAUUCUGACCUGGCAUCAGCAUAUCGGCCUGAUUCAGCUUACUACCGCCAAAGAUUACGUGAUCGGCCACUGAUCGAGAAGUUCUACGAAAGCGGACAAAAGUUCCUGACAAUGUUCCCUGAUGGAACAGGAAACGUGUUUUACCCUUCCGGUAACUUAGCGAUACUGAUCUCCUCCGUGAAACUGGGUCAGUACAACUAUACCAUUCACCAUGACUACAAACUCUCUGGGGUGGCGGCAGUUUUCGAACCCAACGGAUACGGUUACUGCUACUUUCCCAAUGGAGACAUCAGGUUAUAUAUAGACCAGUAUGGUGGGCUGGAACUUGACAACGUGGGUGCUAAGCGUCGCAAGUGGUCCUGGAAGGAUCAGCUGACUCACGUGCAUGCCCCUCCCUUCCAGCCGAUCUGCAUAGGCCUGAACAGACAUAUGGGCGUUCGGUUAAUGAGCCAGGACAACAUCGCACUGACGUUCAGUGCCAGCAAGAGGAGCUGUCGCUUCAACAUGGGCUCCCGACUUAGGACGGGUGGGGUGGGGGAGGAUAACUAUAUGUCCUUGUCUACUAAACAAAGAAAUGGAAAGCAGAGGGGUGGGUUGGGGGAGCUUAAAGAUUUGUCAUUGCCCACCCAUGUGUCCAAACAAAUAAAUGGAAAUCAGUUGGUGGCCCCAGAGAAUGCCCCAUUGAAGGAAGUGGAUGAGGAGCAGAUCUUCCUUGAAGAAAAGAAAAAUACUGUGGAGAUGCUGCUGAACAAGGUUGCUAACCUGCUUAAGUUCCCAAACAAUCCUAAGCUGGACAAGAUGUUACCUCCCCAGCAUGUGACCUCCAACCAGGUCAAGACGGAACGGCUCAAGAUGGAUCGCAAGGAGUACCUGAGUCAGCGGGCUGCACGGGAUAAGAAACAGUCCUCCAUAUCUGUCGACUGUUGAGCACGUGCGAGAACAAGUCCGUUUUUAGUUUUAUCAGAGACUUUUAAAAUCUUGUUAGAUUGGACUAUGUAUGAAAUUUGUGUUUAUUUUAAUGUUAAACCUGUUUUAUCAGCUUAAAUAAUGAUAAGCCACUUUUGUGAUCGUGUUAGAUAGGAAUGAUUAAUACUUUUAAGUGUAUUUAUGUAUUUGUAUUUUUAAAUUUUUACGUUCAUAGUGGAGUCAAUUUUAUUAUGAUAAUAUUGAAAAUAUUUAUGUUUGAUAAUUUUAAUAGUUUCUAUUAUAUUUACCCUUUUUUUCUUUGCUUUUUUUGUUCUUUUUUAUUUUACUGGUUUUAAAUUUUAUCUUUUGUUUAUUGUCACUUUCUUGAACAUUAAAUCUGUUUUGUUGUUA